AUGGAGCGUCAGUUGUCGACAAGGUAUACGAGGACAAUAAUUAAUGAUUUUCAAGAACAAUCGAAUGUUCUACUAGAGUACAUCAAUAAACUCGUUGAAAAAAAUGAUGUAUGGAUCGAAGUUGAAGGAUUAAACUUAUCGGAUGACACAAACUGUUUCCACGAACUUUCUUUCAGGGUCGGUUAUGCAAUUCAAGUUGUUCUCAAAAUAAUAUAUCUUGUCUCGUCGGACACAAGAGGUAGGACCACCAAUUUCUUUUCAAACAAUCGCUUCUCCAAUCACCCAUGGGCGAGGAUAGUUAGAACGUAG